AUGUUUAAUUGGUUUGAUCUUGAUAACAAUGGAAGUCUUACACAGAAUGAAUGGAUUGAACUAUUUGAUACGGCUCCACAAUGUCCUUUUACUGAGUCUCUCUGUAAGCAUGCCGCUGAGAAAAAUGGGCUAUCAGUCGAUGGAAUUUUAUCCACAUGGUCUCUAAUGGCACUUCUAAACCCUACUUUUAGCGUAAAGAAUCUUUUAUACAUUGGUCGUGGUGGAGAACCCACACCUGCUAUCUGUGUAACUAGAAAGAGUAGUAGUAAAAAUUGCCAGUUGCAACAACAACCAGGACGAAAUGUUUUCCAAUGUUGUGUUUUUGGCCAAAAGAAGUCUGGAAAGUCUAUAUUACUUGAUUCUUUUCUUAAAAGUUCAAAGAAUCAUGACAAUACUUAUGCUCCAACCUCUGAUGACCGCUGUUGUGCAGCUAAUGUUGUUAACCAAUUUGACAAACUUCUUCCAAAUACUAAGAAGGACAAUUUGGCUGCCAGUGAUGUAGCAAUUUUUGUUUAUGAUGGUUCUGAUAUGUCAUUGAAGAAUGGAGCAACUAAUUUGCGGAAGAAAGUUGCUCAACAUUGUAAGGAUAGUGGAGUUGAGGUACCUUUCAGAUAUGUUGCAGAUAAAAACUGUUCGGUUUCAUUUGUUGUGCAACAAAUUAGUCAGGCUACUCUGCUACCUAUUAGUACAGAACUAGGUGAUUUGAAUGAAGUAUUCCAUGAGAUUGUAAAAGCUGGGGGAUACCUUAACACAGCUCGGAAGUCUGCAUUCUGUAGUCUUAGGGUGGAUUUGAGAGAGGAUUCAAGAGUGGGUUUGCAAGAGAUCAUAGAGGCCUUAACUGGAUUGGAAAACCCAUUUUGGAAUCUAGAUAUUUUGCAACAACAAUGGUGGAUUCUUCUAUCUGUUAGCCCCAACACCUGGACUGUGGACUCUGGUUCUGAGCCAGGCGAUCCAAAUUCUUUGGAUAGGGAGGACUUUGAGAAGAUAGGAUUAAGCAGCUUGGGAUUAAGGAUUUCCUAA